GCGGUAUUACGUACGCAAUAGUUUCAUUGAACAACAAAGUACCACGUGGUAAUGAGUAAAUCCACUUUUAAUCAUUAUCAGGAAUAUUUGGUAGUAUUUCAGAAUUCAUUUAUUCACAGGAAUCACAAAGUAAGAAAUGACAACAAAAAUUGCAAUUAUACCAGGUAACGGUGCCGGUGAUGUUUUUUGUGCAAACUGGUAUGGAUGGAUGCACAAAAAACUGAACCAGAUUUCAGGAGUCUCAUGUGAUUUACGAAACAUGCCAGAUCCGGUCACAGCAAAAGAAACGGUAUGGAUACCUUUCAUGCAUGAUGAAAUGAAAUGCGAUGAAACAACGAUUAUCAUUGGUCAUAGUUCUGGUGCUGAGGCUGCUAUGAGGUAUUCUGAAAAAUACCCCGUUAGAGGAAUUAUCCUCGUCUCUGCAUGCGUGACGGAUCUUGGCGAUGACAACGAGCGGGAAAGUGGAUAUUAUAACAGACCAUGGGAAUGGCAGAACAUUAAAUCUAAUACAACCUUUGUUGUCCAGUUUGGAUCGACAGAUGACCCAUUUAUUCCAUGGAAGGAACAACAGCAAGUAGCAGAUGGACUUGAGAGUGAUUUAAAGAAAUACAAUGACAAGGGACAUUUUAUGAACACUUCUUUCCCAGAACUAAUAAAUGUUGUUAAGGAGAAAUUACAUUAAAUUGUUUUCUCACAC